AUGCAAUUAUCAAUUACUUCAGCUGGUGGUAUUUUAUCAUUACUCGAUGAAAAUACCGAAAAAGGUCCUGUCUAUGCUCUUCAUCGAUUGAAUGCAAUUGUUGAUGUUUUUUGGCCAGAAAUUAGUGAUUCAAUUUCUAAAGUUGAAUCACUUUACGAAGAUGAAAAUUUCAAACAUCGAGAAUUAGCUGCACUUGUUUCAUCAAAAGUUUAUUAUCAUUUGGGUUCACUCGAUAAUGCACUUACAUAUGCUCUUGGAGCUGGACGUUUAUUUGAUGUCAAUGAUAAAACUGAAUAUGUUGAAACAAUUAUUGCUCAUUGCAUUGAUAAAUAUACGAAAUUACAAGUAGAAAAAUUUCAAUCAGAUGUUUCAGUUCAAGUACAAAUCGAUCAACGACUUGAAGAUAUUGUUAAUCGAAUGUUUCAACGAUGUUUCGAUGAUAAAAAAUAUAAACAAGCUAUUGGUAUCGCACUUGAAACACGUCGAAUCGAUAUAUUUGAAAAAGCUGUUAAAGAAGCUAAUCAUUCACCUGAAAUGUUAGCAUAUGCAUUUAAGAUAACCAUGCAAUUAUUACAAAAUCGAAAAUUUCGUACAGUUGUUUUACGUACACUUGUUCGUCUUUAUCUUAAUCUACAAGUACCUGAUUUCAUUAGUGUUUGUCAGUGUUUAAUCUUUCUUGAUGACCCUGAUCAAGUAGCUGAUAUUUUACAAACACUUGUUCGUGGUACAACUGAUCAAAUGCUUAUGGCCUAUCAAAUUGGCUUUGAUUUAUAUGAAAGUGCUACACAACAAUUUCUAAAUAAAAUUCAAGAUGCUCUACGUGUGCAAGCACCUAUCCCAAUUAUGUUUGAUAGAACACAAGGAGCAAUUAAAGAUGAACCACAAGGAACUGCUGGCAGUGAAUCAAUGGAAACAAAUCAGGAUGAAGCUAGUACACAAUCAGUAGAAGAAUCAACACCUAAAGAUAAACAAUCUUUACAACAAGAACAUAAAGAUAAAGUCAGCAAUUUAUCUCAAGAAGAAAAACAAUUACAAGAACGGAUUGAAAAAUCAUUAAGCAUCCUUAGUGGUGAAAUAACUAUUGGUGUACAUAUGCAAUUUCUUAUUAAAAAUAAUCAUGCUGAUUUAUUAAUUCUUAAACAAAUUAAAGAUGCUGUACGAAAUUCAGUAUGUCAUACAGCUACUGUUAUUGCCAAUGGUUACAUGUUAUCUGGUACAACAAGUGAUCAAUUUUUUAGAGAUAAUCUUGAAUGGCUUGCCCGUGCUACCAAUUGGGCUAAAUUUACAGCAGCUGCAAGUCUUGGCGUUAUUCACAAGGGUCAUAUUAAAGAAGCACUUAAUUUAAUGAGUGCCUAUUUACCAAAGGAUUCAACAGGUAAUUCACCAUAUGCUGAAGGUGGUGGUUUAUACGCACUUGGUCUUAUUCAUGCAAAUCAUGGAGGUGAUAUUAUUGAUUAUCUUAUCAAUCAAUUACGUUCAAAUUCAACACAAACGGAUACGGUUCGUCAUGGUGCUUGCCUUGGCUUAGGCUUAGCUGCUAUGGGCACAGCACGCAGCGAUGUAUAUGAAUUAUUAAAAACAAAUCUAUUACUUGAAGAUGCUGUAGCUGGUGAAGCAGCUGGUUUAGCUAUGGGUCUUGUUAUGCUUGGUACUGGUUCAGCACAAGCUAUUGAAGAUAUGGUUCAAUAUGCUCAAGAGACACAACACGAGAAAAUUUUACAUGGUUUAGCUAUUGGUAUUGCACUUGUGCAGUAUGGCCGUUUAGAAGAAGCUGAUGCACUAAUCGAGCAACUUCAAUGUGAUAAAGAUCCAAUUUUACGUCGUUCAGCUAUGUAUACUGUUGCUAUGGCUUAUUGUGGCACAGGUAACAAUGCAGCCGUACGCAAACUUCUCCAUGUCGCUGUAAGCGAUGUAAAUGAUGAUGUUCGACGAUCAGCCGUUGAAUCACUUGGCUUUCUUAUGUUCCGGUAA